GGCGGCGGCGGCGGCGGGUGGUGUUACGUGUCCCCCUUGGCUACGUGUCCCUUCUCGGGGGGCUCUCCCGCCGCGCCGCUGCCUGAGGCGCAGCUUGGGAAGGGGCUGUCCCUCAGCGACCUGCCACCGGGGGAGGGUCCGAGCCCGAAAACAGCGAUUGCGGCUCGCUCGUUGAUCUGUCCGGCACCUCCGGAGGGCUGUGGCUUCGAAGGGAUGAGGACGUGUGCCUGCCAGUCUAUUUCUAGAGAUCUGCUGCUUCAUUGAUGGUGUUAAUAUCCAAACAAGGAAGUACUGCUGCCUUGUGUGCUGCAAAACACAGCCAAAGUAUUUCUAUCAGGAAGCACUUGUAAGGGAAGCAGAAGAUCAGACAUGACAUAGGAUAUAACAAGGUAGAGCGUUGGCUGAGAUCAAUGAGAAGACGUGAGUAGAAUAUCAGAAUGGAGACAAAAUCCAUAGUCGUUGGUGUGGAGGGGAUGACCUGCAAUUCCUGUGUUCAAACCAUUGAGCAGCAUGUUGGGAAGAUGAAUGGCGUCCAUCACAUCAAGGUAUCUCUAGAGGAUAAGAAUGCAGUUGUUGUUUAUGACUCCAAACUGCACACUCCAGCAACGCUGCAGGAAGCAAUAUAUGACAUGGGAUUUGAUGCUACAUUAGCUGAUUCAAACCCACAACCUGUUUUACAUGACACUGUUUUUCUUACAAUUCCUACUCGGUCAUCUCUAUCACCUAACCAGAUCUGUAGUGCACUGCUAAAGAACAAAGGUAUCCUGGAUGUUAAAAUGUCCUCUGACCAAAAAACUGCAGUGGUGACUUUCCUUCCUUCCAUUAUCAGUGCCAAACAAAUCAUCCACCUGGUCCCAGGUGUAGAUUUAACUAUCUCUGCACCAGAGAUAACUCCUGGAACUUGGGAAGAUUCCAGCUGGUCUCAAGCAAGCAGCGUUGUGCUGCGCCUGAAGGUAGCAGGAAUGACCUGUCACUCCUGCACCAGUACCAUCGAGGGGAAGAUUGGCAAGCUGCAAGGAGUCCAGCGGAUUAAAGUGUCCCUGGACAACCAGGAAGCUGUUGUUGUCUACCAACCUCAUCUAAUUACAGCAGAAGAAAUAAAACAUCAAAUCGAAGCUGCAGGUUUCACAGCAUCUUUCAAAAAGCAGCCCAAACCUCUCAAGCUCAGUGCUAUGGACCUGGAAAGGUUGAGGAAUACUCAAACCAAAGGCGCUGAAACAGCACCCAAAGAAAACUCAAAUGUGAAUGAUACAAAGACAGUUGUUUUCAGAGUUGAUGGCAUGCACUGCAAUUCAUGUGUCCUCAACAUUCAGAGCACCAUAUCAGCACUUGCAUCAGUAACAAAUGUAGUUGUUUCAUUAGAGAAGAAAUCUGCUAUUAUAAACUAUAACCCACACUUAAUUAGCAUAGACUUCCUGAAGAAAGCCAUUGAGAUGGUGUCUCCAGAGACAUUUAAAGUCAGCCUUCCUGACCAGUAUGAAAAUGUAGCACUUUUCCCCACACUAGCAUCUCCACUCAAGUCUCCUCAUCCAGCUUUGAAGGAUGGUAGCCAGCCACUUACUCAAGUAGUGGUGGUAAAUAUUGAAGGGAUGACUUGCAACUCCUGUGUGCAGUCCAUUGAAAGAGUCAUAUCCCAAAAGGCAGGUGUCAAAUCCAUUUGUGUCUCCCUUGCAAAUAAUAAUGGGACUAUAGAAUAUGACCCUCUGCAAACGUGUCCGGAAGACUUGCUUUCCUCAAUAGAGGUCAUGGGAUUUGAUGCAUCUUUACCAGCAAGGGCAGAACUACCUGUGGCAAUAGCCCAGCCCUCACCUGAAGUGCAGCUGGAAUCUCACAAACCUGAACUUCCCUCCAAACUCUCCCCAACUCACCUUGGCAAACAGGAGACAAAGACUGUAUUGAAGUGCUAUGUCCAGGUGACAGGAAUGACCUGUGCUUCAUGCGUCGCAAACAUCGAGAGGAACUUGAGGAGAGAAGAUGGAAUACAUUCAAUACUUGUUGCCCUAAUGGCAGGAAAAGCAGAAGUGAGAUACAACCCUGCUGUCAUACACCCUGCAGCCAUUGCAGAGCUCAUACGGGAGCUGGGAUUUGGAGCUACUGUGAUGGAAAACUGUGAUGAAGGAGAUGGAGUUCUGGAGCUUGUCGUGAGAGGAAUGACCUGUGCUUCUUGUGUACACAAAAUAGAAUCCACCCUCAUGAAGACUAAUGGUGUUCUGUACUGCUCAGUAGCUCUUGCAACCAACAAAGCACAUAUUAAAUAUGAUCCUGAGAUUAUAGGUCCUCGAGAUGUUAUACAAACAAUACAGGAUUUAGGUUUCACUACUUCAUUAGUCAAAAAAGAUCGAUCAGCUAGUCAUCUGGACCACAAACAGGAAAUAAGGCAGUGGAAAAGGUCUUUCAUUGUGAGCCUGGUUUUCUGUAUUCCUGUCAUGGGUCUGAUGAUUUACAUGAUGGUUAUGGACAGUCAAAUGUCAGAUGCUCAUGCACAUCACAACAUGAGCAAUGAGGAAAUGGAGGCUCUUCGCUCCUCCAUGGUCUUGGAAUACCAGCUCCUGCCAGGAUUGUCUGUUAUGAAUCUACUGUCGUUUUUACUCUGUGUCCCUGUACAGAUGUUUGGAGGCUGGCACUUCUACAUACAGGCCUACAAAGCACUGAAGCACAGAACUGCAAAUAUGGACGUGCUGAUUGUUUUGGCAACCUCCAUUGCCUUCGUCUACUCCUUUGUUAUUCUCCUAGUUGCGAUGGCUGAGAAAGCAAAAGUCAACCCUGUAACUUUCUUUGACACACCUCCAAUGCUCUUCGUCUUCAUCUCAUUGGGCCGGUGGCUAGAGCAUGUUGCAAAGGGUAAAACAUCAGAAGCACUGGCAAGACUAAUUUCAUUACAAGCUACUGAAGCUACUAUUGUUACCUUGGGCCCUGGUAACGUUCUUUUAAGUGAAGAGCAAGUUGAUGUUGAACUGGUUCAACGAGGUGACAUUGUCAAAGUGAUCCCAGGAGGCAAAUUCCCAGUUGAUGGCCGUGUUAUCGAAGGACAUUCUAUGGUGGACGAAUCUCUUAUCACAGGUGAAGCGAUGCCUGUGACUAAAAAACCUGGCAAUACAGUUAUUGCAGGUUCUAUUAACCAGAAUGGAUCACUCCUGAUUUCAGCAACCCACGUUGGAGCUGACACAACUCUUUCUCAGAUUGUAAAACUUGUGGAGGAGGCCCAAACCUCAAAGGCUCCUAUCCAGCAAUUUGCAGACAAACUUAGUGGCUACUUUGUUCCUUCUAUUGUGGCUGUCUCUGUGGUUACCCUUUUUGCUUGGAUUAUAAUUGGAUUUGUGGAUUUUGAAAUAGUAGAGAAGUACUUUCUGGGCUAUAACAAGAGCAUUUCUACAGCUGAAGUGAUAAUCCGCUUUGCCUUCCAAGCCUCCAUCACAGUCCUGUGCAUUGCAUGCCCUUGCUCUCUGGGAUUAGCCACCCCAACAGCUGUGAUGGUUGGGACUGGAAUAGGAGCUCAGAACGGCAUUCUGAUCAAAGGAGGAGAGCCCUUAGAGAUGGCACACAAGGUAAAGGUAGUCGUGUUUGACAAAACAGGGACUAUCACUCAUGGAACUCCAGAAGUCAUGCAGGUGAAGUUUCUAGAGGGUAACCAGCUGCCUCGUCAUAAAAUGCUGGCAAUAGUGGGGACUGCAGAGGGUAAUAGCGAGCAUCCUCUUGGAGCAGCAAUAACAAAAUACUGCAAAAAGGAGCUGGACUCAGAAACUCUUGGGACUUGUACAGAUUUUCAAGUAGUCCCAGGCUGCGGCAUCAGUUGUAAAGUCUCCAAUAUUGAAGCAUUGCUUUACAGGAAAAAUGAAAUGGUUGAUGAAAACAAUAUUAAAAAUGCAACACUUGUGAAAAUUGAGGAGAAUACAGAUGAAUCUGUGCAGCCUGCUUUGAUUAUUGAUGCUGAACUGCCAACUGCUAUGACUUCUCAAAAAUACUCAGUCCUCAUUGGGAACCGGGAAUGGAUGAACAGAAAUGGCCUCCUUGUUAAAAAUGAAGUUGAUAAAACCAUGAUGGAGCACGAGCGGAGAGGUCGCACAGCAGUUCUAGCAGCUGUUGAUGGAGUGCUUUGUGGCUUAAUAGCUAUUGCUGAUACUGUGAAACCAGAGGCUGAGCUGGCAGUCUACACUUUGAAGAGUAUGGGGUUAGAAGUUGUUCUAAUGACUGGUGAUAAUAGCAAGACAGCAAGAUCUAUUGCCUCCCAGGUUGGCAUCACCAAAGUGUUUGCAGAGGUUCUCCCCUCCCACAAAGUGGCCAAAGUGAAGCAGCUACAAGACGAAGGAAAACGAGUGGCCAUGGUUGGAGAUGGUAUCAAUGACUCCCCAGCUCUUGCCAUGGCCAAUGUGGGAAUUGCUAUUGGCACAGGAACUGAUGUAGCCAUUGAGGCAGCUGAUGUUGUUCUAAUUAAGGAUGACUUGAUGGAUGUGGUUGCAAGUAUAGAUUUAUCCAGGAAAACUGUGAAAAGGAUCCGGAUCAACUUUGUCUUUGCUCUAAUUUACAACCUCAUUGGAGUUCCCGUUGCUGCUGGUGUCUUCAUGCCUGUUGGUUUGGUUUUGCAGCCCUGGAUGGGGUCUGCAGCCAUGGCUGCCUCUUCUGUUUCUGUUGUGCUUUCUUCUUUGCUGCUAAAGAUGUACAAGAAACCAAGUUCUGAGAAACUUCAGUUCCAGGCCCGUGGCCAAAUGAGGCGCAAGAGCCCAUCUGAAAUCAGUGUCCAUGUUGGAAUUGAUGAGGGUGGGACAGGCUCUCCUAAACUGAGCCUAAUGGAUCGGAUCAUCAAUUACAGCAGAGCCUCCAUAAACUCUCUCUUCUCAGACAAGCGCUCAGUGAACAGUGUCGUUCUUCAUGAACCAGAUAAGCAUUCGCUGUUGGUGGGAGAUUUUGGAGAUGAUGACACAGCAUUAUGACACUCAACCAUCCUCUCCCACUGAGCAAAAAAAAACAACCCUGAAGCAAAGUGGCAGAACAGCCAGACAGCUGUUCAGGACUCUGUGCAUGUGCUGAGCAUUUCUGGAUGUCUUUUCAGAUGUGUUUCAUCUUUAAUGUAGAAAGGUAGCUUUUGCAGUGAUUGUUCAGGGUCUUCGUCUGUCUUAAACUAGGCUUACCAAAAAAACUGCUGCAGGGGCUGUUCCUGCUUGCAAACAGGGCUGUGUUACCACUCCAGGAAGCUUGCAGUGUAGUAUGGUUUUGGCAAAAUAUCAAAAUACAAUUAAUGAGUCUACAGAACCAGAAACUUAUUCCCCAGUCUUAUAACAGUCUGCCUUGUGCAUAGUCACAUUCAGUGCUGUGUUAAAAUGUGAUGAAUUAUUGCAUCUGCGGAACGCCAAAGGAUCUGUGUUUGCAGAUAAACGUGCCUUAAUUCAUACCUCCUGCAACCCCUUCUACCAGGGAUGGUUCCUCACCAAUGCUUUUUGUUUUUACAGACAUCUGAUUCCAGCUUCCCACACUCAUGCCUUCAAAUUAUCUCCCUGUUUGUGGUCUGAUUUCCUGCAAAGCAGAGAUAACUGAGAGGCUUAGGUUUGCUUUCUAAUGUCAUAUCCACAGUAACUCCAUAAAGCCCUGCCCCAGUACACUCCUACUGCUAAGGUUUUCUGCUUGAAGGUUGAGUGUGGGGGGAAGUUUGCUCAUUCCCAACUUCUCCUGAACCAAAAACUCUUGCAAUAUGUGAAUACAAGAUGAGUGUGGUGUGAUGUGGUGUGGGCUGAAAUGUUUAACUUUGAAGAAGGCAGCAGAGCAGCAGGUGCUCACUACCAGUGUCUGCUAACACUCCUGAUGUGAACCAGAGUAGUUGGGGCUGGUGCCAGGUAGAUUGCUUUUAAAAUCCUUACAGCUCAGUCUCUGCAGAUAUCAGACUCCAUCAGAGGAUUUGUUUGUAUCAGAUACUGAACUGACAUCAAUUGCUUGUAAAGGAGUCUUUAUACCAGGAAUGGCCCAGAAUCCACUCCACAGAAUGAUCCAAACCUCCUUUGCUUGGGAUGUCAAGUUUGAGGCUUUGCAAAUUAAGAUUCUUCGUUUGUGGCUGAACUGAAACAUCAAAAUGCAGGUUUCAAUCAUUAAACCAUGAAUAUUACCAAUAUUCUCAGUGAGGAAAAAAAAAGGUAUUCAUCACCCAGUAGCUACGUGUUUGCCACUUAAUAGACCUUGUGCUUUAAAUCCUCUGCUGAAGUGGCUGAGGCAAUUCUGUGUUCAGUAACAUUGAACUACGUCACAAAAUACAGUCCACGGUGUAAACAUGGAAUUCCACCUUGUGCUUGUAGAGGAGAAGUGCUCAGUUCAGAGUAUGAAAAAGAGAUCUCUGUAAUCUUUGUUUUUUACUGGAAGUCUGAUGUUGGUGCACAGUUUGUCUAAGUCAUAAGUGAACAGCUUUUGCUUUUUGUCUGUGAACUACCAGAAAAACAUUAGUGUUUGGAAUCAGGAUUGUGUUGUAGGACACUUGUUAGUGAAUCACUGUACAUGUAACAUGAUUUGUUCCUGCCUCUGGUUUAAGAAACAAAAUAUUUUUGUUGCAGGAUUUAGGCUCCUACUGUGUCUACAUGACUAUAGAUUAUUUUUGUAAAUCAGAUGCUGGCUGCAUGUGCAUAUUAUAGUGUGAAGACAUGCUUAGAUACAUUACUGCAAAGCCAUUCCAUAAGAUACUGUUCUCAGUUUUCAGCUGAGAGCUGUUUGAUCAUAUUGUGAUGGAUUUUUAGUGCUUCAUGACCAUUCAGAGUGUUUCCAAAGACUUCAGUUUUCUUGUUUAUCCACCCUCACUGUUGUUGGUGUUGUUAGCAAGAUUCUGGAGAAGAAAGGGAAAUACUUCACCCAUUUUUGUCUGGCUUGUGCCAGUGGGGUGGUCUUAAUCAUGCAGUGUAGACCCUUGCAUGCUUGCAGGUGGGCAUUCUCCUGCAGGUAGUGGUUAUGUAGUAUACAUAUCGUAGCAUGUAAAGCACAGGCAUCAUGCUGUUACUGCAGGAAACAGAAUAGUCAUUUCAGGUUAAAUUCCAUGUUGGCAGAUAAAGCAGUGCGAAAGAUAUGUGAAGUUGGUCUCAGAUGUAUUUUAGAACACUUUAGUUUCAACCUUUAGUUGUCCAAAUAAUGUGUGAGUUGAAUGUUUAGGGUGGGGUGCUACCUUUAUCACCAACUUUUUCCCAGCACAGGUGUAUUUCCAGACUUUUCCAUUUUCUGUGAAACCAGCAUUUGAUCCAGCUACAACAAAAUAAGGCCACUUUUCAAAACCAGGAUUCUCGAUGAGAUGCAAAGAUGAUUUCUGAGGAAUGAGGAACAGCAAAAUGCUGCCUAAGAGGGAAUGAGAAAGCAGCUUGUAGUAGGCAGAUGAUCAAGCUCUAGAGAGGUAAUAACCAAGUUAAAGAUAACGCUUUUAAAGUAUAACAGCUAUUAGGUUUUGAGACCAAUUCUUUCAGAGUUGAUACAGGCAGAAUGCAAAUUGUUCUGGAAGAGGCCUGUAUCAGUGAUGCCAGCAAAAAAAAGUGGUCAGGACUUGCACACUCAGGAGGUCCCUGUCAGUCCAGUUCUGCUCUUUAGGGAUAUCUGUCUGGACUUGCCUUUUGAGGCUGGAUUUAAGAUACUGUGUGAGUAAUGUGUAGCUGAUUAGGACAUUCAGAGUCUAGAUCUUUGAAAAUAGAGUGUGUCCAGCACUCCCCCAAAGGUGUGCUACCAGCUUGCAGAACGUUUAUCAUGUGAUUAAAAUGCUAUCUAAGGUGCUUUAUGUUGAAGAACCAAAACGUUGUUUUUUUUCAUUUUGAAUGUGCAGUACAAGUGAAAUCAUGUGGGAGCUCAAUGUUUUGCCAGACAUAAAUGUUUUAAAAUGUAAAUGUGUUGCUCUUCUUGGAAGCAGUUUGGAUUAAAAGAAUUCCAACGUCCUUUAGCAACACACAGUUACAAAGCAAUCGUAUUGCUACUUUGUCUAUUUUUGUUGUUUUCUGUAACUAGUUAUUUAUGAAACCUCUAUUUAAGAAAACAAACUGUGUAUGCUGGAGGCUUUAAAAAUGCUCUUUGAAUAUUCCAAUAUUUUUUUUAGAAGAGUAAACACUGAACAUUUUAUACAAAAAUGAAUGUGAAGCUGACUAACCAUAGUGGAAACAAACAUUUCUAUUUAUUAAAAACACUUUUUUUCCCCCUAGGAGUUCCAGUGACAUGUUUUAAACUUGAGAAUUUUUUUUUACUCAGUUUUGGUAUGAAAAAUGAAACUGAAUACUGUUGUGGAAUGCUGACCCAAUGCUGUUACAGUUUUUUACCUCUACAAACAUGUAGCCUCACCUUUCCUCUUGUGUGCCUCCAUCACUAUAUUGGCAAUUGUAAGCUAUAUAAUAAAGAUGUAAUGUCCAAA